UCACCAAAAGCCCCAGCAUUGAAGCUUUAAACUUUCAAGUUUUCUUGAUCAUAUCACUAAUUAAAAUGAGUCUUUUACAUUCUCUUAUUGCUCUUUUGCUAAUUUUCUUCAUGUUGGAAGCUCCCACUCAAGCUCAAGGGAAGAGUACCUUAGUUUCUGCAAUACUUAUCUUUGGAGAUUCAACAGCUGAUCCUGGAAAUAAUAACUACAUAACAACUCCUUUCAAGAGUAAUUUUUCACCCUAUGGGAGGGAUUUUCUCAACCAUGUUCCAACAGGGAGGUUUACUAAUGGGAUGCUUGCUAAUGAUUUCAUUGCUAGGUAUGUUGGUGUGAAAGAUUAUGUGCCUGCAUAUUUGGAUCCAAGUUUAAGUAUUGAAGAGCUCAAGACUGGAGUUAGUUUUGCUUCUGCUGGGACUGGAUAUGAUCCCCUCACACCAAAAAUCAGUAGUGUGAUCUCAUUAUCGAAGCAGCUAGAAUAUUUCAAGGAAUAUCAAGGAAAAAUAGAGGCAACUAUUGGAAAAGAGCAAAUGAAUAAUUUGAUAAAGGAAGCAUUGGUCGUAGUUAGUGCAGGCACAAAUGACUUUGUUGUUAAUUACGACACAUUUCCAAUUCGUCGUAAAAACUACACCAUCUCAGCCUACACAGAUUUCUUGUUACAACAUGUGGAGCAAUUCCUACAGGAAUUGUUGGAUCAAGGGGCUAGGAAAAUUGGUGUGGUAGGUCUACCACCAAUGGGUUGUUUACCAGUUGUCAUCACUCUUCACUCUGAUGAUGCAUUUUCAAAGAGAGGUUGUGCUGAUUUUUUCUCUUCCAUUGCUAGAGACUACAAUUCCAAGCUCCAAAACCAGCUAAAUACCAUGCAAACUAGGUUUGCAAACUUGGGUUCUCGAAUUGCUUAUAUGGAUAUCUAUGGACCAUUGAUGGACACGAUUCUUGGCCACAAAUAUGAUAUUGAAAAGGCUAACCGUGGCUGUUGUGGUACGGGCUUAUUGGAAGCUACAUUUAUGUGCAACCCAUAUUCAUAUGUUUGCCAAAAUGCAUCAAAGUAUGUGUUUUGGGAUUCAAUACAUCCAACUGAGAAGACAUAUUAUCUUAUUUCUCAAGCACUUCAGCCAACUAUUGAUUCCAUCACCAAGUAUUAGUACUAUAUUAUAUCAAGGCAGCGGAUUCAAAAUUUAAAGUUUAUAAGUUUCUAUGAUCAAAGGCGGUUCUAGCUUGUGAUUAUGAGUUCACGUGAACUUAAUAGCUUUUUCCCAUAUUUCUUAUAUAUUUAUUGAGAUAUCUAUUUAAUAUUUGUAAACUCAAUUAUUUAUUAUA